AUGGAUAACCAACAAGCACAAGUUGUGCGCAUCUCAACGCCAAGAAUCGCCCAUCUCCCAGAGACUGAGACUUCACGCCCUGUUAUUCUUGAGCCGUACCAUGUUGAUCUCAUUGAAGAAUAUGGAUACGUCAGCCGAGAAUACUUGAUAAGCGGCGUGGCCGCCGGAGAGUCGUACUGCACGCGUCUUCUCUUACGUUGCCCAGCCAAUGUCACCCAGUUCACGGGCUUCGUCGUUUUAGAGCCGUCACACUUGUGGGGAGGAACCAGCAUUUGGCGUCACAUUAGUCGAUGGGUCAUGCGUAGUGGCCAUGCUUGGUUAGAGGUCGACUCGCAAGCUCCAUCUGCAGUCGAUAAGAUCAAGAACGUUGACCCAGACCGCUACAAGGAGAUUCAUUUCAUCCCAGGUCCACUGGCUCGGGAAUUCCAAGAAAACAUCCCUUUCGUAUCCGAUGUUACUAAGGAAUCACUCCGUGAAGCAUACGAUGCUUUCAAGGCUAAAUGGUGGCCCGCAACACCACAGUCGCCAGAAAUCAUCGCCGCCUCCUCGCAUGCUCUUCGAUCCAGCCAGUUGGGGCUUACAGCCACUCGGGUGGUACUCUCUGGAUUAUCUCAAACAGGAGGCGUGACAAGGCACUUCAUCACGCACUCGUCUCACCUGCGGCUGCCAGAUGGUGGUCUGCCAUUUGAGGGAUACAUCCCUUGCCAGUCUGGCGGUGAAGCUCUCCCUGACGUUCAGGGCGCAAAGAUCGUUGAGUUACUGGGAGAGUCUGAAUUCCUUUCUGUUAGACUUCCAUGCGGUGUAAGUGGGCAGAUGAAGGACACUGUUCACAGGCGUCCAGACAGCGAUUCGUUUCGGCUCUAUGAGAUUGCAUCUAUGGCUCAUCGUGAAUCCAGAGAAGCUUCACCUCUGGAAAUGGAAAGAUGGUCAGUCGCUGAGCUGCAUGGUGCAAAAUGGAGCACCUUCUCAAACUCCUUCAUCUAUCAUGCCGUGUUUGAAGCUGUAGAAAGAUGGACGAGCGAAGCUGCUAUUCCACCACCUCCCAGUGCCACUCUACAGACAAAUGGCUUGAGUGAUGAGAUCAUCCGUGACGAACACGGCAAUGCGCUGGGAGGAGUUAGAACAUUACAUACUGAAGCUCCUUUGGCAAGAAUUGUUGCAGCCACGCCAAAGGGCAGGCCCAGCUGGUAUCGGGGAUCUGAGUGGCCCUUUGAUUCCGAAAAACUUCAGUUGAUGUAUGGAUCGGUAUCUAACUAUCGAAGAAUUGCAGGACAAGCUCUGAAUUCGCAAAUUCAAUCUGGCUUCCUUCUCUCUAGCGAUGCAGAGAUACUGCGGCGUGAAACUAUUGAAACGGUUGUAUUUUAA